CAAGGAAGUUAUUAUAGCUAUUUACUAGCUAAGGCAUCUUGGUUCCUGACGUGAUGCUUUGUUUCCCUAUUCCGUAUACUCCGUACAGAAACAAAGCAACGCGUCUACAGAAAGACAGAAAGACAAAAAGAUGCAUCCAAGACACGCGCACCCCAUGUCUCAACCCCAGUCAGCCAUCUCGCUACUACAGCAUCAUACCAGAAUCUAGACAUCUAAACUGCAAGUCCUAGCAAUCGUAUUGUUAACAAAAUGAAGAUAGUACUCGUCACCGGUGCAAGUAAGAGUGUCGGAUACGAAGUCGUAAAGGCCCUACUGCAAUCCGACGAGUCCUACCACGUUUUUCUCGGCAGCCGUUCGCUGGAAAGAGGCCAACAAGCCGUCUUGACGCUUCGAAAUGAGUGUGCCGAUUCCCUCGGGCCGCGCGACAAGGGGUGCGCCCUAAAGGAGUGCCCCAAUUGCUUCAACACUGUUGAGGCCAUCCAAGUUGACAUCGCUAGCGACUUGUCCAUUGAGAAAGCUUUCGAGACCGUUAAGGCUAGCGUCGGGCGUAUCGACGUCCUCAUCAACAACGCUAGCGUUAUUAAGGACCUCGACUACGUUCGCGGCAAAGCCUCGCUGCGUGAGAGCUUCACUAGCUCUUAUGAUGUUAACGUGGCUGGUACGCACGUAAUGACGUGGACGUUCAUGCCGCUCCUCUUGCAGUCCUACGACCCACGGCUCAUCUUUGUCACCGGACUCGAUACCUUCGAGGAGUCCGCGAGGGAGGAUUUCCCGUUGCGGCCGCUAGAGCGCGGCUGGCCGAAGAAGGUAGAGCUCGAGACGGUCGGGUACCGCUGCACUAAGACCGCGCUCAAUAUGUUGAUGCUAGAUUAUCACCACAAGCUGCAAGUAGAUGGCGUCAAGGUGUGGUGCGUUGGCCCCGGGUUCCUAGCGACGGAUGUGGGUGAGGGGGCCAACCAUCCGAGCAUUGGGGGACGCUUGCUGAAGAGCGUAGUGGAAGGAAAGAGGGAUGGGGAUACAGGGAGGUUCAUUGUGAAAGAUGGGAUGGCAACUACCACUAAUUGUAUUCUACACUAUAGGUAGUAACACAUGAAGUAGUAAAUACUGAGUAUAAAUAUGUAUUUGGAC